AUGGCAGAUCCUUCUUCCCAGCAGGACCGUACAAAGGUCGAUCUGAAGAAUGCGUUGAGCGGCAAGAAGUUGAUAGCCCAUUGUCGAUCCAAAGACGACGAUCUUGGCGCCCAGCUCGUUGAAGAGGGCACUUCUUUUCAUUGGAGUUUCAAGACUCUUUUGUUGGGCACGACGCUGUAUUGGUGCAACCUGGCCGUAGAAGAUAGACGUCUUUCUUUCACUGCCUACGACGAAGAUGAUGACGAGAUUCGAGGUUAUACUGUUCGUUGGGUUGUGAGGGACGAUGGAGCUCAUCUGGUGCUGCGUUCGGAUCAUGAGGAAGAACCUAUUGCCCGACAGAAGUGGAGAAGGAUUUAA